AUGGUCGGUGAGGCAGGUAGGAAGAGGUCCAGAAUCUGCAGUUAUGGUACACCUGGAUCCUCGUAUGGAUCCAGAGAAGGGCUCUUUGUGUGCAACCGGAGCCUGUCAUCGGGGUUAGAUGACACCUCUGGGACCCACAGGGACCCAGCAUGUUGUCAGGGGCUGCUGCUGGAGAAUCUUGAUGAUGUCCAGGAGGUCCUGGAGAGGCAUGAGAAGGCCGGCCUGUGCCAUGACUUGCAGCGGGCGUUGUGGUCGAAGUUCAUGAUCAUAGACUCACCCAUACCACAGCAGGGUCGGGAGAGCUCCAUGACAGAUGCAGGGGCUGGAGACAGAGAGAUUGCUGACAUUUUGACCAACCUCCAGGAUCAGACCGAGGCUCAGCCUGACCUUCACCCUCAGAUUCCCGUGCUGAUGGCUUUAACGCUCUGUGUUAACAGUGUCUCCUCCGCCGGGGAAGGUGCAGACUCUGUGUCGGUGACUCCCCCUGGUCCGGUGCCGCCCCCGGCAAGUUUCUUUAAGCAUAGAUGGAUUUCCUCAAGCUCUGCCCUGCCUAACAUGGAUGCCCCGCCACCUCCACCACCAACACCUCCACCAUCAUCUUCCUCAGCUGAGUCGGAGGGCUAUUUCUUCUUGGCGCAGUGCACCGUCAGGCUUCUACUGCUGCUAUUACACUGUGUGGGAUAUUCUCAUGGGAUGCCACAUGUCUUGAGAUUUGGGGGAAUAUUUGAGUCCAUUGAGAGCGGCCCAUCAGGUGCUGAGGAACUAGCCUUUAAAUUUGCUUUAAACACAAUCAACAGGAACAGAACUCUACUGCCAAACACCACGCUCACCUAUGACAUCCAGAGGAUAAACAUCUAUGACAGCUUUGAGGCCUCCAGAAAAGCCUGUGACCAGCUUUCUCUUGGGGUGGCAGCCAUCUUCGGUCCCUCUCACAGUUCCUCUGCCAAUGCAGUCCAGUCCAUUUGCAAUGCCCUGGGUGUGCCACACAUUCAGACCAAGUGGAAGCACCAGGUAUCGGACAACAGAGAUGUCUUCUACGUGAGCCUCUAUCCAGACUUCUCCUCCCUCAGCCGGGCCAUCCUGGACUUGGUCCACUUCUUCAAGUGGAAGACGGUCACUGUGGUUUAUGAUGACAGCACUGGUCUUAUUCGGUUGCAAGAACUUAUAAAGGCGCCGUCCCGGUACAACAUCCGGUUAAAGAUACGGCAGCUGCCUGCAGAGACCAAGGAUGCCAAGCCGCUGUUAAAGGAGAUGAAGAGGGGGAAGGAGUUCCACAUCAUCUUUGAUUGUGGCCAUGAAAUGGCUGCUGGGAUCCUGAAGCAGGCUCUCGCCAUGGGGAUGAUGACAGAGUAUUAUCACUAUAUCUUCACCACACUGGAUCUGUUUGCGCUGGACGUGGAGCCUUACCGAUACAGUGGUGUGAACAUGACGGGCUUCAGGAUCCUCAACACUGAGAACAGCCAAGUGGCCUCAAUCAUCGAGAAAUGGUCCAUGGAGCGACUGCAGGCUCCACCCAAACCUGACUCUGGUCUACUGGACGGCUUCAUGACUACGGACGCUGCGCUGAUGUACGAUGCUGUGCACGUGGUGGCCGUGGCGGUGCAGCAGUCUCAGCAGAUCACUGUCAGCUCAUUACAGUGCAACCGACACAAGCCCUGGCGCUUCGGGAACCGCUUCAUGGCCCUCAUCAAAGAGGCCCACUGGGACGGCCUGACCGGGAGAAUCACUUUCAACCGCACCAAUGGCUUGAGGACAGACUUCGACCUCGAUGUCAUCAGUCUGAAGGAGGAAGGUCUUGAGAAGAUUGGUACCUGGGAUCCUCCGAGUGGCUUGAACAUGACGGACAACCAGAAGGGGAAGACAACUAAUGUCUCUGAUUCCUUAUCCAAUCGAUCUCUGAUCGUCUCCACUAUUCUGGAGGAACCAUAUGUGAUGUUCAAGAAGUCUGACAAGCCACUGUACGGGAACGACCGCUUUGAGGGCUACUGCAUAGACCUGCUGAGAGAGCUGGCCAACAUCCUGGGCUUCACUUAUGAGGUUCGUCUGGUGGAAGAUGGGAAAUACGGUGCCCAGGAUGAGAACACAGGCCAGUGGAAUGGGAUGGUCAAGGAGCUAAUGGACCACAGAGCUGAUCUGGCAGUGGCUCCCCUCGCCAUCACAUACGUGCGCGAGAAGGUUAUUGACUUCUCCAAGCCCUUCAUGACGCUGGGUAUAAGUAUACUGUACCGCAAGCCCAACGGGACCAACCCUGGGGUCUUCUCCUUCCUCAACCCCCUCUCGCCUGAUAUCUGGAUGUAUAUUCUGCUGGCUUACUUGGGUGUCAGUUGUGUGCUGUUUGUCAUAGCCAGGUUUAGUCCCUACGAGUGGUAUAACCCCCACCCCUGCAACCCCGAGUCGGAUGUAGUGGAAAACAAUUUCACCCUGCUAAAUAGUUUCUGGUUCGGAGUUGGAGCUCUCAUGCAGCAAGGAUCUGAGCUCAUGCCGAAAGCCCUCUCCACCAGAAUUGUAGGAGGAAUCUGGUGGUUUUUCACACUCAUCAUCAUCUCCUCCUACACGGCAAACCUGGCUGCCUUCCUCACUGUGGAGAGGAUGGAGUCGCCCAUUGACUCUGCUGACGACCUGGCCAAGCAGACCAAGAUAGAAUAUGGGGUGGUAGAAGACGGCUCCACCAUGACCUUCUUCAAGAAAACCAAGAUUUCCACGUAUGAUAAGAUGUGGGAGUUCAUGAGUAGUCGCAGACACUCGGUGAUGGUGAAGAACGUUGAGGAAGGGAUUCACCGUGUGCUCACUUCAGACUACGCAUUCCUCAUGGAGUCCACCACCAUCGAGUUCGUCACACAGCGCAACUGCAACCUCACCCAGAUCGGAGGCCUUAUUGACUCCAAAGCCUACGGGGUCGGCACCCCAAUGGGCUCUCCGUACAGAGAUAGGAUCACUAUUGCCAUCCUGCAGCUUCAGGAGGAAGGGAAGCUGCACAUGAUGAAGGAGAGGUGGUGGAGAGGAAACGGCUGUCCGGAGGAAGAGAGUAAGGAGGCCAGCGCCCUCGGUGUGCAGAACAUCGGAGGGAUCUUUAUUGUCCUAGCCGCUGGACUUGUCCUCUCUGUUUUUGUGGCUGUGGGAGAGUUCCUCUACAAGUCCAAACAGAACGCACAACUUGAAAAGAGGUCCUUCUGCAGUGCCAUGGUGGACGAGCUGCGUGUUUCCCUCAAGUGCCAGCGCCGGCUCAAACACAAGCCCCAGCCGACCGUCAUGGUGAAAACAGAGGAAGUCAUCAACAUGCACACUUUCAACGAUCGCAGACUGCCAGGGAAAGAGACCAUGGCCUAAAAUGUGAAUCUCUAUUACUUUCUCACCCUCUCUCCUGCAGUGAGGAGUU